AUUCUCUCAUUCUCUCUCUCAAGGUUUCCCUCGAGCAUAAAAGAACUCUCCUCUCCCUUCUUUUCCUCUGAUUUCUCCACAUCUCUCCCUCCACUCUACUCUACUCUGCUCUACUGUCCUCUGCGGAAUCAGAUCGAACGAUUACCAUACUGCCACAAUGGGUAAGAAGGCUAUUCACUUUGGAGGCGGCAACAUCGGCCGUGGCUUCGUGGCAGAGUUCCUGCACGAGUCCGGCUUCGAGGUCGUCUUUGUCGAUGUGAUGGAUGCCAUCAUCGAAUCACUCCAGAACACCAAGUCAUACCAGGUCACCGAAGUCAGUGAGAAGGGUGAGACCACCAAGACCAUUGACAACUACCGCGCCAUCAACUCCAAGAAGGAAGAAGCGGCCGUGGUCAAGGAGAUCGCGACGGCGGACGUCGUCACCUGCGCUGUCGGCCCCAACGUGCUCAAGUUCAUCGCUCCGGUCAUUGCCAAGGGCAUUGACGCUCGCACUGAGAAGAGACCGUUGGCCGUCAUUGCUUGCGAGAACGCCAUCGGAGCCACCGACACUCUGCACGGCUUCAUCAAGGACAACACUGACCCGGAGCGCGUCAAGUCCCUCUACUCGCGAGCCGCGUUCGCCAACUCUGCCAUUGACCGUAUCGUCCCUACCCAGCCUCCCGAUGCCGGACUCAAUGUCCGCAUUGAGCAGUUCUACGAGUGGGUGGUCGAGCAGAAGCCCUUCGGUGAGUACGGUCACCCGGACAUCAAAGCCAUCCACUGGGUGGACAACUUGGAACCAUACAUCGAACGCAAGCUGUUCACCGUCAACACGGGACACGCCACGGCGGCCUACUACGGUUACAACGCGGGAAAGAAGACCAUCCACGACGCCCUGAGUGACUCGAAGAUCCGUAGUAUCGUUCACAACGUCCUGGACGAGACUGCGUGUCUCAUCGUCGACAAGCACAAUAUCUCCGCGCAGGAGCAGAAGGACUACGUCAACACCAUCAUCAGCCGCAUCUCCAACCCGUAUCUGGAGGACGUCGUCGACCGCGUUGGCCGUGCUCCCCUGCGGAAGCUGUCCCGCAAGGAGCGUUUCAUUGGCCCUGCCUCUCAGCUUGCGGAGCGUGGCAAGAAGUUUGACGCUCUCCUGGGCUCAGUCGAGAUGGCCCUACGUUUCCAGAACGUCCCCGGCGACGACGAGAGUGUCGAACUGGCCAAGAUUCUCAAAAGCAAGUCGGCAGCCGAAGCAACCGCCCAGCUCACUGGUCUGGAGGAGUCUCACCCUCUGUACCCGCAUGUGUUGAAAGUGGUGGAAAAGGUUCAGAAGGAAUCGAAGUAGGAUGAUCGCCUCUCUCUUCAACACUCUUACACUCCCCCAACAUGUUGGGUUGAUCCUGGCACUCAUUCAUGAUAAAAAAGGAACGAUAAUCGAUCCAGAAUUUGAACGCAUACAUUAGGUGCGAUAUGUUCAGCCCGCGGGACCGAGCUUGAACGGGAAAGGCAUCGG